ACCACCAACAUCCCACUUUGACAAGACCUUGUACCUUCCCCUCUCUUUAUCUUCUUCACCCACUACCCAUACGCAACGCCAAAAAUGGCUUCCGAAACGGCGCCGAAUUUCUGGGGCGAUAUGCCGGAGGAGGAGUACUACACCUCCCAAGGAGUCGCGAACACCAAAUCCUACUUCGAAACUCCGAACGGCAAGCUUUUCACGCAGAGCUUCCUGCCGUUGGACAAGAAAGUGAAGGGCACGGUCUACAUGACCCACGGAUAUGGAUCCGACACCGGAUGGCUCUUCCAGAAGAUCUGCAUCAAUUACGCCACUUGGGGUUAUGCUGUCUUUGCCGCUGAUCUUCUUGGUCAUGGCCGAUCCGACGGUCUACGCUGCUAUAUGGGUGACAUGGAAAAGAUCGCAGCGACGUCCUUAUCAUUCUUCAAGCAUGUGCGGGACAGCGAAGAAUACAAACACUUACCUGCAUUCCUAUUCGGGGAGUCCAUGGGUGGGGCCAUAACAAUGUUGAUGUACUUCCAAUCAGAUCCCAACACGUGGACGGGCCUGAUCUUCUCUGCCCCACUUUUCGUCAUCCCAGAAAACAUGAAGCCUAGCAAGGUGAGAUUAUUCAUGUACGGACUGUUAUUUGGGUUGGCUGAUACUUGGGCAGCCAUGCCUGAUAACAAAAUGGUAGGGAAAGCAAUCAAAGACCCUGAAAAGCUGAAAAUCAUUGCUUCAAACCCAAGAAGGUACACAGGCCCACCUAGGGUUGGUACGAUGAGAGAAAUCGCUAGGGUUUGUGAAUACAUACAGGACAAUUUCUCAAAAGUAACGGUGUCGUUUUUGACUGUCCAUGGCACGGGGGAUGGUGUCACGUGCCCUACGUCGUCCCAGUUGUUGUUCGAGAAGGCGUCGAGCGAGGACAAGAGCUUGAAGAUUUAUGAAGGGAUGUACCAUUCUUUGAUACAAGGGGAGCCUGAUGAGAAUGCUGAUGUUGUGUUGAGGGAUAUGAGGGAGUGGAUUGAUGAGAGGGUUGAGAGGUAUGGGCCUAAAAAUUGAUCAUUUCAUGAAAGAAAUUUGGACUCUAAUGCCAAAUGAUUUAGUUGUUUGGGUUUUUAUUCUUGUUUGACUGUCAAAGGGGAAAAGCAAUUGGAAUGUAAUAAAAUUGAAUUGAAGAAUUCUGAUUGUUGUAUUCUACGAGACAAAUUCAUUGUUCAA